AUUUAAUAAGUCAUUGAAUAAAGAAAAUUGUAAACAAAAGUGUUGAGUGAAUAAUCUCAGUGGAUCAACAUGGGUAAUUACUGGGGGAAUAUGCAUGCUACCAGUGAGCAAGAAGUCGCCAGACAGAAAGUCGAGAAAACGCUAGGAGAGAAAGGAUCAGGUUUCAGAGCUCAGGGAGCAGUUCAGGAUUUCAAUCAACUCCGUCAACAAUGUCUUCAAUCUGGACAAUUGUUCGAGGAUCCAGAGUUCCCGGCGGAGGAUUCGUCCCUCUAUUUCUCUCGCCGUCCGGCCGGAUACAUAGAAUGGAGGCGUCCAAUGGAAAUUGUGGACAAUCCUCGAUUAUUCGUCGAGGGAUUCUCCAGAUUCGAUGUCCAGCAGGGAGACCUGAAGGACUGCUGGCUACUCGCUGCAGUUGCCAAUCUCACCAUGUAUCCACAUUUAUUCUUUCAAGUGGUUCCGAAGGAUCAGGGGUUCGAUAAAAAUUACGCUGGGAUCUUUCACUUCAGAUUCUGGCAGUAUGGUAAAUGGGUGGAUGUAGUGAUAGACGAUCGUCUUCCAACGUGCCAGGAUGAAUUGAUGUACCUCAGUUCAGCAAAGAACAACGAAUUUUGGAGUGCACUAUUGGAGAAAGCUUAUGCUAAACUCCACGGCUCCUACGAGGCAUUAAAUUUUGGUGGAGUGUGUGAAGCCAUGGAAGAUUUCACAGGAGGGGUCACCGAAGUAUAUAAGAUAAAGAAAGCUCCCCCAAAUCUCUUCAGCAUUCUCCUGAAAGCCUAUGAGAGGAACUCGAUGAUGGGCUGCUCAUUGAAGCCAGAUCCCAAUGUUCCUGAGGCCGUGACACCCCAGGGUCUCAUCAGAGGACAUGCCUAUAGUAUCACCCGAGUAAAAUAUGUUGACAUUCAGACUCCCAAUCAGCCCGGAAGAAUUCCACUGCUGAGGCUGAGGAAUCCCUGGGGCAAUGAGGCGGAGUGGAACGGCCCCUGGAGUGAUGGAUCUCUAGAGUGGAUAUCCAUACCAGAUCACGAGAAAGCGAAGCUGGGACUCACUUUCGAUAGUGAUGGAGAAUUUUGGAUGUCUUUUCAGGAUUGGAAGAGAUUCUUUAAUUUUGUGGAAAUUUGUCAUUUGAAUCCUGGUUCUCUUAGUGAGGAUGAUCUUAAUUCGGGGAAGAAGAGGUGGAAGAUAAGUGUCUUUGAUGGGGAGUGGGUAAGGGGAGUCACUGCCGGGGGGUGCAGAAAGUUCUUAGGCACAUUUUGUCACAAUCCUCAGUAUAUCGUGACCUUAGAAUACCCUGAUGAGGGCGAUGAUAAGUGUACCGUGAUUGUAGCACUGAUGCAGAAGAACAGGAGAGCCCAGAAACGAAUGGGUGCUGUUAGUUUGACGAUUGGUUUUGAGAUUUAUCCCCUCGAAGACCCAGAACGAUUGCCAAAACCUCUGGACGUUAAUUUCUUCACGUAUAAUGGGUCUGUUGCCACAUCACCGUUUACCAAGCUGAGGGAAGUCAGCUGUCGAUUCAAACUGCCACCUGGUACAUAUUGUAUCGUCCCUAGUACUUAUCGUCCUAAUCAGGAGGGAGAAUUCUUAUUGAGGGUAUUCUCUGAGAAUAAAAACAGCCUGGAGGAAAAUGAUGAAUCCGUUGGCAUUGGAGAAGUCGAUGACAGGGUAAUUAUUCGUGGAAAUGAGGUUAGGAGAGGAGGAGACCACAGUGUCAAAAACCAGCCAGAUCGCAAUGAAGAAAAAAAAGUUCAUGACUUUUUCCGGACGCUCGGUGGGUACAACAUGAAGGUCGAUUGGAUGGGACUAAAAGAGAUCCUGGACUACGCCAUGCGUAAAGAAAUGCAUAAUGAGGGAUUCAGCAAGGACAUUUGUCGUAGUAUGGUAUAUAUGAUGGAUCGCGAUGACUCCGGGAGAAUAGGGUACGACGAGUUCCUGACACUAUGGACUGAUAUAAUGCAUUGGAGGGCUGUAUUCAAAUUGUACGACCAGACUGGCUGCGGAUACAUCAGUGGCUUUCAGCUGCGACAGGCUCUUAAGAGUGCUGGAUAUCGGUUGAACAAUCGCAUGCUGAAUAUUUUCGGUCAUCGAUAUGGAGCUAAGGAUGGACUCAUUUACUUUGAGGGCUACAUCAUGUGCGCUCUUCGACUAAAAACUAUGAUGGUUCGGGGUUCUUACUUGUUUGAAUAAUCAAUUCUGACUUGUAUAGGUAUAAUACUGGCAUAGUGUCUCAUUAUCCCAAUCAUUUGUUCGGUGAUGAAGUGCUAUGAAAAAAUUAAUUCGAAGAUUUCUUUGCAAAUAUUCUUUGAAGAAAAGCGUCAGGUAUUUGUGUUUUGCUCUGUUUUCUGACGUCCACUUUCAGGCAUUAAUUGACAGUUCAUGUUCGAUAAUUAAUAAUAAUUCGUUAGUCUACCUCUAUGUGCCUCAUUGUUUUGCAUUUCUUCUCAUGGAUACAAUAAUAAUCAUCACAAUAACAAUUAUUGGUUUUAAUGGCCAUAAACAUCUGGUAUAUGAUAUAUUCAGGGAUAUAAUUAAAAUAACGAAUACAAAAAGUAAUACAUUUUGGUCAUACUUCGAACUCUUGUUAGAACUUUGUUUCUUCCAAUUUUACGGAAUGAAAUCUAUUGAGUGGUAAUUGUGGAAUCGAUUGUACUGGGAGUAUAUUUUCUAAUAAAUUGUCAUGACGUAUUGUAAUA